AUGCAAGUGCGGUCGCAAGGCUUUGGAUUCUGGUACCCUUCGCUUGAGGUCUGGCAGUGGCGACGAACAUUGUCAUACUGGAUCGCGGUGACCUUCUUUGAAGGCUCGAUCUUCUUCACCAUCUCCUCCUUCGCCUACUGCUACGCGGAGGAGUUGGGAAUGGCCAAGGAUGCUCUGACGAAGUGGGGCUAUGUCGGAGGGGCGAUCAACUUCAUCGUGUGCACCUACUUGAUGUGUGUUGAGACGAUCAACCUGACAGCAGACCGGAAGUUAAGUACCGAAUUCAUCGGGAAGCUGGUGGGCAAAGACUCGUCCGCUUCCUCGGAAGAGGAGACCACCGACGUGCAGGAAGCCCCUGAAGGGGAACCAUCAACGGGGUCAGAUGAGGCAGGCUUAGGUGAGGGGCAAGGAAGACGCGCUUCAUCUGCAGAGCGCUUUUACCUCAACCCCUUCCGGGCGAAGCAGGCGCUGAGGAACCUCAAGCGCCUGGGUGCUGGCCCCUGGCCGUACUUUGCCUCCUUGAUCUACCUCCUUGGCUGUGGCAUUUUCACAGUUGGCAUAGUGGGCCUGUUUUUGGACUUCUGCACUUUCCUUUCUGGAGACGCGCUGGCGUGGACGCAGCUAGUCAGCUUCGAGCUUGGUUCGCUCAUGUUCCUUGGAGGAGGUGUGAUGGAGUGCUUGGAGAACGAAGUGUUUUGCAAGCGACACCCAUGCUCCAAGCAUGAGACCACCUUUCAAGGCAGGUUGAGUGCCGUGUGUAACACUGCUGGUAGUCUUGUCUUCGUCACUGGUGCCACCCUUGGCUUUGUUCCUGGCUGGGACUACGAGGCCAACUUCAGCUACUUCCUCGGCUCCUUGCUUUUCGCCUUGGGGUCUGGCGUGCAGAUCGUGAUGUGGAAGGAUGAACAGUUCGGGCUCGCUUUUCUGGCCGUCCUCAACGCAAAAGGCCCUCCGCAGAUAGUCCUCCCCGAGGAUGCCGAGACCAUCCAGGAGGGGUUUAGGGUUUAG